UCCUUCUUGACUUGCCGCGCCCGUAGCCAUCGUGCUCGUCGGGGCCGAACUCGCCGCUGUAGACGUGCUCGUCGCCGUCGAUGUCCUCGCCGUCAAGUUCGACUGAGCUCGUAGGCGUGCUCAGCGCAGUCGUAGGACCCGAACGCGCUAGCCCAUGCGCAUCGUCGUGCCCGCAAACGCCGGAUCCGUCGAGCUCCCGUACGGGUCACGGCCGUUCACGCUCUGGCCGCCCCUGGCCACGACCGACCCUGUACCUCGCGCGGGCCGCCCGUGACCCUGCCUCGCCCCUGGCCGCGCCCGCCAGCGCCCUGCCGUGCGCGGCGCUCUGGUCGUUUCCAGGUGCGCCCCCGCAGCCGCGCUCCCCUGCUCCUCUCGUCCCUGCUACCUGCUGCUGCCGCUGCUCUGCCUGCACUACGCCGCUUGCUCGCUUCUGCCGCUUCAACCUGAUUAGCCCUCUGGUCAGCAGCAAAAUCGCAAUAAGUCAGGGGUUAUCAUAGAUAAACGGAAACAAUAACGCCCGAACGUCAGGUUUUUAGGAGAUCGGCCCGAACGCUUCAUCCAUCGUCUGAUCACCCGCACUAUUUUUGACGUAAAUUCGUGGCCACGUCAUCGGUCGUGAACUGUUCGCAAGGACGAGGGGUCGGCGCGAACCUUUUUCUCUCGCGGUGAGACAACUCACUUCACUAUCCAUUUCUAGACUAGUCCACUCCUUUUCUCUUCCACCCCGACCACACAAAUCGAUUUCACCCCAACCAGAUCGCCGGCGAAGGUGUGUGCGGCGGCCAGCCCGUGGAUCUCGGCGGCAUGCCGGUAGUUCGAGAAAGCGGAGCCGCUCGAGGAUGCUGGGCACGGAAGGGGGAGGAGCAGAGCCGUCUCCGAUGCGGCGUGUCUAAGAGGCGGGCGCAGAGGGGGAUAGUGGCGGCGGUCGCCGGCAAGGGUGUUGCGGCAACCUGCCCACGGAUCUCGGCGAUGGCGCCAGCUCGAGAAAGUCUUGGCGCUCGAGGAUGCGUGGCGCGGAGGGAGAGAGCAGCAGCAGAUCUGACGCCGCCGCCGUCCGCCGCCGCGUCGCUUCAGCGUCGGCAUGUGGUGGAGGUCAACCAGAAGGUGGACGACGCCCUGCCGCUUGCAGCCGAGCUGCUCGUCGACGUGGACGCCGUCUUCUUUCCUGCGAUGUGCCGAAGGGGAACUGCUCGCCGGGAGUCACCCAUGGCCAGACCCUGAGACCGAUGUCGCCCUGUGAUCGACUACGUCGACAACGACCCUUCUUCUCUUUCAGCAGAGCUUCCAGGCAAGCCCCCCUUUGAUCAUCCCGAUAUCACCCAGUCCAUUCUCUCAUACUUGCAUUAGGUUUUGCUACUGUUAUUGUUUGCUCCUAUUCUGAUGCAUAGCCUGCUUUGUAACCUGCUCAUUGUACCUUACCUGCUUAUCCUAAACUGCUUAGUAUAGGUUGGUUAGUGAUCCAUCAGUGAUCCCCACUUGUCCCGGUUGCCCCGCUUUAUGUUCGAAGACCCGAUCAACGGGAUCGAAGACCAGAGCCCGACACCUCACAUCACGCCCCUUUUGUUGCUCGACUCUGCAGAGUUACCAUCGAGUACCGAGGGUGGAACCUCAUACAUCACUCCUGAUGAGGUCUUUGUAGUGGAGCUAUUCGGUCGUGUCCAUCGAGGGUGAUUUCCUCCUUAACCACUUCCGAUACGACUCUGUCGUGCAACCCCUCAAGUGUGAACCUUGAUGAUUACAUCGAGUGGAAUUCACCGGGGGUGAUUCCUCGGGUUUUCCCUUUGAUGUUUGGACACACGGAUACUUGGACUUUACCAUUGUUGCUUGGAAAGGCGGGUCGACCCUAAGGGGUACCCGCGAGUGAUGUGGAGAC